AGGAGUGGGUCUGCUGUUGUGAGUGUGAGGGGCCGCACCGGAUGUAGGGCAGGCUACCUUCAGACGGGCUGUAAGGAAAUGUGGGUCUCUACUCACAAACAAUAGCUCUCCUGCAAAUCGCAUUAGCGCAAAUCAUUUUUAUUGCGUUUCAGGAAACAGGCAGAGUAACACGGUGUCCACGGUAAAGCUCUUUGACCCAACUGAAGGCCAAACAGCGGAGAAGAAGUACAUAAGUAGAUCUUCCUCCUGUCAGAGUCCCGGUGAAUCAUUUUCAGGUAAGCCUGAAUUCCGUUAACCAACUACCAAUGCUAACUUUAGCUGCUGGGCUAACAUAGCGUAGCAACCGAUACAGGUCGUCUGACCGUUAGCAGGUAUUAUAGAUAUAUAUGUUUAUGUAUGUGGGACGAGUGCACCGUGUUUGCAAAUGGACAAUCACUAAAGACGAACCAACACCUAUCCAAUACAAUGGUUAUUGAUCAAUGGCAAACUGUACCGGUUAUAGCAACCUAGCAUGCUAGCAUGUGCCGUUAGCAGCUCUCUGCCCUUGCGCUGCACAUGAAUCUUCGGUUAGGGUUGAUCUGUUUGUACCGUUUACGACAGCAGCAGAGGGGGGUGAAGUAUAUUAAACGUCUCUCAUAAAGGUGUGGAAUGGUCUGGAUGUACAACAUAAAGUUAAUUUGUAAUGAUUAAGGUGAAAUGAUCGAUAUGAAGUCAGUAUGUGCGUCAAACAAGAAGUCCAGACACUGAGUGGAUGCAGGUGCAUGCUGGCUCUGAGGUUAGCCAUGCUGCACAGGGAACAGCAGAGUCACUGAGGGAGAAUCAAACUGCUGAUCUUUAGUCAUCAGCAGAUGUUUCAGCACCCCUAAGUCUUUAAUGAAAUAGUGUAUGGUAUAGCACACGUGAUUUAUCUGAAUAAAAGAAGAAAAAACACGUUGUUCUACAAGCCGUCAGCUUUACGUCACAUGAGCCAUCUGGCUUCAAGUUGACCCGUGGAUGUGGCAUCAGUGUGGGGUUACUGGAGUUCAUGUAUGUCUGCGCCUCUUUGCUGCUGGGUCAUUAUAAAGGUUGACCCCGCCCCCCCGCCCCAUAACAUUAAUAACAGCGUGAACAUUGUCGACCACUAUAAUAAGAUCAAUCUCUAUUAGGGCCUGACCACAUGGAUUUUUUUGGGGCCGAUGCCGAUUAUUAGGGAGGAAAAAAACGAUUACCGAUUAAUCGGCCAUUUUUAAAAAAUGUAUGAAUUUUUUUUCAAACACUUCUCAGUAACAUUAACCUCAGUAAUAAUCCACAUGUUUAUCAUAAAUCAAACUCGGACCAGAAAAGCAUUUUGAACUAGGCUGAUUAAUCCACAGCUGAACCCUAAGUUAGAGGCAAGAGAGUUAAUGUGAUACUUUAAGAUAAUGCCAGUCUGUAUGAGAAGAGUAGUCAUAGUCGUAAGGGUUUCUUCCUAUAUCGUUCUAUUAUCAAGCUUAUGAAUGCAUGCUCAUACGGUGCAGCACCCACAACCCCACCCUUCUUCCCCUUUAAACAAGUCUGUGACAAGAUAAUCAUGUUUGUGUGUGACAGCAGAUAAAACUGUUUUGAUGCCACUGUAAGUUCAGUUCCCAGUAACUGCAUCUGGGUGGUUACAAGUUUAGUUUCUCAGCUGCGUCCUUGUUGUAUAUUUUCAGAUAUCAGUUUAAGUCAAACCGAGUCAAGCUAUUCUGGCUGAUAGCCAAUAUUCAAGCCUCAGACAAACCCAAAGAGAAGCACAGCUGGUUAAUGUUGCUGUUUUUAGCUGAUGGCAGUUUGGCCCGUCUGUUGCAGGCAACUCUAAAUAAAUAAUCCCUCAACAGAUGAGAAUGACAUGGUCAUUAAGUUUAGCACAGCGUAUAUCAUAGUCAAAGAACAACUCUUAUUCACACGAUUCAAAUCUCAGAUCGCACUGAUGAAGAAAUACAGGUACAGAGAUCUGAUAAGAGCAUUCAGUCACAAAACCUGCCUCCUGCUCAACACCUCAAAGACUAAAGAAAUGAUCAUAGACUUCAUCGACUUUUUUUCACAAAGGAGCACAUGUCCCCCUAAGUUGAAAAAGUUAGGAGCACAUGAGGAACUUUAGGGGCAAAAUGAAAAUUGAUCCAAUAAUAUUUGUCUUAUUGGUCGACAUAAGUACAAUUAUUUGAAAUCAGUUUUAGGUCAGUUGAUCAUGUGACAUGGAAGCUAUUAAAGGAAAACAGACGCUUUUUUAAGAACAUCAACCAGUGAUUUAUUGAUGGUCCCUUAUUCAACACCCGACGAUGACAGUGAGGGCGCAGAGUUGAUUUAACCACGCUGCUGCUAUUAUUCCCGGUUAUGGAGAGUAGGGCCCGGCCGAUAUGGAUUUUUUGGGGCGGAUGCUGAUUAUUAGGAUGAAAAAAUCUGAUUACUGAUUAAUCAGCAGAUUUUUACAUUUUUUAUUAAGUUAUAAAAAAUAUCUACAGUAUACUAUAUUCUGUAGAUAUACUGUAGGCUACUGCUCUUCACGCCGACAGGAAGACCGACAGAUCAAACUUGGACCAGAAAAGUGUUUUCAACUAGCCCCCGAUAAAUCGGUCGGGCCCUAAUGGUGAGUGACAAGACACUGGUAGAUCCACAGUGAAUAUCCAACCUAACUCAACCGCGGUAAUGACAUGAAAAAACAUUAAUCGCCUCAGCCUAUUUUUUUUUUUGCGCACAUGUGCCCCUAAAUACAUGUUACAAUUCGCACACAUCUAUUUUUAAUCGCACUUUAAUCGCAACUUUGAUUCAUCUUGUUACUGUGACAGUUGUGAAACUGACACCAACAAGUCUACAUUACUUUCUCUUGCUGUACUAUCCUACCCCCCACCCCCACUCUGCCCUCUGUACAUACUUACUUCUCACCUUCUUGCAUAACUGUAUAAGUUCACAACAAAGUGUUUGUGUGACAGACUUGGUUGUUCAGGUCUUUCAGGCGUAAAUGUUGUGUAUAUUCUUCUCACACAUCGCCUCGCCUGUAACUGUGUAAAAAGCGACUAUUGAGCAGUGCUGUCUGAAAGAUUCAGAGCACGCCAUCAUGCUUUGAUCCAUAAAUGACCUUGAAGUGCAGCUAUUACAAUCGUGCUUUAUCUCUAUGUUUGGCUUCGUCACCUCAUGGCGAGGCCUCAGGACUGUACUCUUGCCUUUGACCUAUUUGCUUCAGUAAACCCUUGUGUGUAUUUAUACACUCUCUCCUGGCUUGUCUAAACAACAUUUGACAUGAGCUGUGUGUUGGAACCCACAGGCUUUUUUGUUGGUGUGCCCACUGGCCUGGUUUUGGCUCAGCUGUCUGACUGAGAAAUUUCCACCACAGUUACCGUCCAAAAAGUGAGAACAAGGAUGGAGAAUGUAACCCAGAGAUUUUUUCUUGUUUCGGUUUACUUAUAGCUUCCCUUGUUCAAAAAUACACCGCCUGGGAACACCUAUGAAAAGGUUGUUUGAGGAAACUUUCAACUCACUUUAAGGUCAUCACUUCUGCCUAAUGCUCAGCGUCGCCGAUGGCAAGAGGAAUUUCUGCACUUUGAUUGGUUCCUUCUGCGCAACAGAUGCUGCUCUGUUUAACCUGGUUGGAGUGAGCCUAGCCUUCUUUUUUGUCAGCGUUAAUUUAAUGUGACAUAUCCAGGGUGCCCAUAGCCUGCUAAUCAGCACUAAUCUGAUCCACUGGAUUAGGGAAUGGGAAUGCAUGUAAGACGCUGCUCAAGGUAUGUGUGCCUCCCUCCUUCCAGAAGUGAGUGUUCUUUUGGACUUCCCAGCAUUCACUGGCAGGCCCCUAGCAAGACGCCACACGAGCCUUGUGGACUUUUUGUCGUCUCCUUUUGCACAUGAGGAAGUUUUGAUCUGAAGUGAACCCUUGCACUUGUUCGGCACUUCCUAAAACAGAAUUGGGGAUCUAGUUGUGUUCUGGCUGUCAUCAUCAUAAUCCCCCUGGUUCCUGCUGCAGGAUUAUCAUGGCCAUGAAGCAGGACACCCUCUGACUUUCUACUGGCCUUUUCUCAUUCUGAUUCUGGAUUAAGUUUGGUGAGAUACCAGGAGCCAAAAUGCUGAACCAAAGCGCUGUUAUGAUCUUCACAGGGAUCUGUGGAGCAUUGGUGGUCAUGGCAAUGGCCUACUAUGUCUACUGGUAAGUUAAAGGGAGAAGCGGUUUGGCUGUCAUGGGGCUUUAUGGCGUGACACAACCAUGAAGCUGUGAGUGUUUUGGAGACUUUUGACAAUCAGUGAAGUUUUAACAAGAGUGUGACAACGUGCCGAACAGUGCAACAACGUAGCUUGUACUUCUCGAUCAGUAUUUUUUUGUCAUAUCAGAGACUCUUGGCAGAAAGUGUUGAUUUGUUGGACUAUAACUCAGUCUUUUUUUGUACAGGUGAUGAAAUAUUCUCUUUAAAAUUAGAGCUUGUCCAGGUAAAUAAAGAGGAGUAAUUCAGUACCAGUAGUGCAGGCAAAGAAGAGCAGAGACAUCUGUCUGGUCUUAAGAAGCUUUAACCUGGUCAGCUUCACUAAUCCGUUGUGUGCCAGGUGGUCCCUGCACCCACAUGGAGUUUUGCUUCAACUGGAUGUUUGCUUAGUCAGGCCCAGUGUUUGUCUCUGCUAAUUUCCUUGAUUUCUCAUAUGAGGCUUAUGAACACAUGAAGUUUGGUUAAACCACCUCACUCCAGUUUGAGUAAUAUGGAAAAGUAAAUAUAAUAUUUCCCUACAGAUUAGCAAAGUCAAUAUUUAGAGUUGGGGUCCAUAACAUCAAGGGUGACCAGCAGUGAAUUAAACUCUGGUGUAACAGUGUUAGUUGAGGUAAUUCAGCAGUGGGGCUACGCCCCCAGCGACCCCAACCUCCAACAAAGGAAACUGACCAAUAACUGACAAUCCGACACAUUUAAACAUGAAAGAAGAGUCGACUGGUAGAUCCCAAUGGAGUUCAAGAGCAGCCUACACACCAGAAAUGCUGCUCACCUAUCGACAUCGGGCCAUGUGAUAUUUGCCUGUAACAUGGUGUUUACACGGACCAGUGAUUUCCACAUAUGGACAAUAGUGAGGCGUACAGCUCUCAUGUCUUUAAUGCCACCCAAAUAUGAAGCUGAUCAUUUUCACAUUGUUCUCUUCCUCUUCCCUGUAAGAUUGCUGUCCACAGUCAGUGAUUUAGGUUGUUUCUCAUUGCUCUGGGGACGUCAUUUAGAAAAGCACUCUAAAAAAGCUGCAGAACAGUUAAAAAAUAUCACAGUGAUAUCAUUUUAUUCAAUGAAAGCAUUACUGCUCAGUUAUUGAUCUCAAAAAGGUUAAAGGUCGAGCUGCGUUGGUUAGCGUCACCCUGGUUCUGUAAAACCGUGUUGAAAACGAGCCGAUGUCUCAGGUUUAUUAUUGUGAGAUCGACCUUUAAUCUUUCAGGUGAGAAAUGUUAGUCAGGGCGGCGUUAAAGAGGAAUGGAGGCCAACACAAACUUCUGCCAUGACCACACCAUGAUGGUUGUACCAUCAUCAAUGAUCUGCUGUAACACAAAGUUCUGUCAGUCCGCUGGUCGACUAGUUGGUCCAUGAGCUCUCUGGCCAUCUCAUUGGUAGUUCAGAAUCAGAUGGCACCUUUUAUAGAAAAGCUCGGUUAAACAACAGAACUGUGUGUGUUUCUGUGCAGUAGUCAGACUGCUUUCAUGUCAGUAACAUGACAUGAAACAUGUUGUUCUGUCACCACUUUGUUUUUCAGGAUAAGUCUAUGGUAGACACCUGAAAUCCCUUUCAGACAGUGUCUAUGUGUGUCUGUGUGUUUCUGUGUGUCAGUAGAAUGUAAUAACACACACAGGCUGUCAUGCUGCUACAGAAUACAUGGAAAAUGUUCAACCAGGUGAGAUGGAUUUGAAGACCAUGUUGUCUUAAGGUACUAUCAUGGGGCUGUUGAAGAUUUAGCUUAAUCUCUAACUUUGAAGAUGUAUUGAUAACAGUUCCUUUUAUGGAGAUAACACAGUUUAUGUUGCUCCACCUUUACUCUCUCCGUCCACUGACUCUCCACUUCUCAGUGUUGGUGUCAGAGCAGCUGUCAAAGGGCAGGACACUCGCUAAGAAGGAAGGGAUUUAAUCUUAAAGCCAAAAAUAGACGAUAAGAUUCAAAUUAUAAACAGUAUAAUCAUGUUAUUCAAAUUUAUAAUUAUUUGUAAGCAUGUGAAAUACACUGCAUUUAUCUGGUACAGAUCUCUGUGUGUACUCAUAUCUGUUAUAGAGAAAUAAAAUCUUUGUUUUUCAGCAUCACUUUACCCUAAAGAACAGUGGGCUUGAAUGUUUAUGGUUGUUGUCUGCAGUCAGAUGUUUCGUCUGUUUAGUGUUUUUGAGAUCAGUCUGAGUGUAUUAAUAUGUUCUGCUCUGUCUGGAAAUUAUAUGGCACAAGUCAGUCCUGUAAUACCAGUUCAUACAGUUAUAUUGUUAUAUAGGAAAGUGCUGGUUAGCUCUGAGUCAUAUGUUUAUUCAGUUCGAUAAACCUUUUUUAUGCUGCUGACAGCUUUUCAAGUUCACUGUGGUUCUCUUGACUUUUUCCUCAUGACAGCCGAUAAAUUGGUGCAAUUUUGGCCGAUCAAAUUUUUCUUUCGUUGACUACAGGCCUGCCCAUGUGUCGUAGGGGUGCGCCUCAUAUUACCCAUUUAGACUGAUAUAUUGAACCAUCAGUGGGAGAGGCGUGCAGCUCCACGUCACCCUGUCAGUCAUUUGAAUUGGGUUAGUGAAUGUGUUUGCACUAGAGGGGCAGCAAGGUUAUCGCAGGUUGAUGUGAGCCUGUUUGCAUGAACUGCAGUUAUCUCACCUGCAACAAAUGUCUGUUUAGCCUUUUGUGGAGCUGUUGCUUGUUGCAUCGUGUCUUAGGUAAGAAUGAAAAGUCCUCAGUUACUGUAUGUUGAAACCAGAUAGUUCAGAACCUCAGCAGUGUGGUUGUUUGAUUGCAGAUAUAAGAACUUCUUUAACUGUAGAGCAUUUCCUUUGGACUGCAGGCCUCUGAGACACUCUAAAGAAAAUCUUCCUGCAUCACUGCAUUACUGCUGACCGUGUUGAUCUUCACAUGAAAACUACCAAAUGACAGAUGAGUGUUGCAUGAGCAGUAAAUAAUAAAAAAAGGAGAGCAUGUGUGCAAUCCAUGUUAUCCUCUUUGCACCACUCCCUUUUUUUCCCCAGUAAGACGGCUGGUUAGGUCGUGUUAGUUAGCUAAUGGGUUAAAACAACAAUGUCCAAGAUCAUGAGAGUUAUUUAUCAGAAAUCUAGUCAUGUAGACUCUGAGUAAUAAUGAAGGAACAGUUUCAAAGGUCUGUCUAUAUGAGAACAGCAGUCAUGUCAGCAAAGUCUAUGAUUGUCCAAAGACGUGUUUCCUCUCGUGUUGCUCAGGUUUUAGGACCUCGCUGUGUUAUUUUAGCUGAUGGUUAUCUGCAUUAAAAACAGACAGAACUGCACAGAGGGCUGCUGAAUUGUGAGUCUUGGCAUCAAGUCUUCACUUGUUUUCAUAGUCGUAUUUGUCCCACAUUACUCCAACUUUAUACUGUCUUUUGCGUCACUGUUUUUGUUAAUGAUCUUACAUAUCCAUAAAUAAGUUUGCUGUGAAUGUUGUUUGAAGGUUAAUAUUCGCCCUUCUUACAACUGCAACAAACAAAACUAAACUCAGUAAUGUGGAUAAAGACCUAAAACCUUCAGCUGGGGUUUGAAUUCAGAAAGUAACGGGCAUUUAUUUCAGGCGAGUUUAAUACUUUAAUAGUUUAUUAAGGAUCCCUUAUUAGUCUACACCACAGUGGAGACUCUUCUUCCUGGGGUUCAGGCAAAAAACAUCACACAGUCACAAAACCAAUCAUACAAUGCAGUACAGCAUGAUCAAUAAUAAAAUUUUGUAAUACAAAAAUAGCAACAACAAAAAAAAGACCAAUAACUUAGAGUUUACAUAGUAAUGUUCAUACCAAAGAUAAAAAAGAGCAAUAUAAAAAUAGAUAUAUAUCUAUUGGCCUACAAUACACAUUAGUGUACCAAAGACAAACAAUAUUCUAAGUGACGAAAAAGUGCCAUAAUGAAUAAAAUAUGACAAAGUACAUACAAAAUUAAGAUAAUAUCAAAAUAAAAACGAUAACCAGAAACAAAAAUGAAGUGUGAAUGUGCAGAAACAGAAAGUUGAUCAUGUGACCUUGCACAGAUGUUAGCAUGAUAGUGCUGUUUGUGGUUUGCUUGUGUGUCUGUUGAGUUUUGCAGAGUUGUUCUUGAUGAUAGGAGUGUGGAAUUGCAGUGUGUGAGUAAUCAGAGAGAAAUGUCUGCAUCAUAUUCAGAGUUCGGACAGUUUGGAAGGCCACCCUUGGGCUCGUGUCAAAACACGUCUGCCUACGCUGCGUUCACCUCUCCAGACAAAGAAAUGUGCUCUUGAUAAAAAAAAUAAAAAAAUCAGGACAAAGACAGAAAAGUCAAGUUGUGGGAACAUUUGUGUGUUGCUGAUGAGUGUUAAAAGUACUAUGAAACAAAUAGAUAUGAAAACAUGACUGACAGCUGAUGUGAGAUUUUCAGAGUAUUAUAUUCGACUGUCUCCACACUUGUAUGACUCUGCUUUUGUUGUUUUAAGAGGAAAAUAAUGCAGAUAUGUCGAGACUAUCUAGAGGCAGACCCAUUAUCAUCCUCGGCUGAUCAUCAGCUGAUAUUUGGCCUUUUGCUGAUUAUUGAUAUUAACCUUUUACUUCGCAGAUGGCUGAUAAAAUUGAUUAAUUAAAGGUGCUCUGCUUUAGCUGGUGUCCUGAACUCCGGGUCAGUUUCUCCAACCACUUUUUCUAACCGUAUGUUUCACCCACAACAUUAUCUGAUUGGCAAGACAGUGUGAUGUGACUGUUUUGUAAGUGUAACUGGAGAAUUGCCCGCUCUUGUAAAUGUGAUUGAUUAAAGAUUAGCUGAAGAAACUUCGACAAAGUUUAAGUACUCCAGAUUCUUCAUUUUAACAGAAGACAAAACCCAAACUCAUGUCGACUGUGUGUCUGUUUCAAGUAUCAGUUAUCACUCAUUUACUCUCAUUAACUACUUAUAAAAGGCGUAAGUAUGUGUCCUGAAAAACUAACAUCAGUACUAUCUAUCCACCCACAAAAUUCAAUAUGAAAGAACAAGUGCAAUAUGAAUAAAAUCAGUGCUCAACAUUGUGGAAAUUCCAACUGGGACAAAAGCAGAUUAUACAACCUUAACUCUGAUAUUUGAUUGAAAUGCAAGAAGAGGAAUUUAGAUCUUAGUCUUAAAUAACGUUGUCUCUCUCGAGUUAACUCUGCAGCCGCUCUCUUCCUAUGGAGACAAAGGUCAUUCCUCUGACACUUUGUGGAGACAACUUUGGAUGUUUGGACUUUUAAUCAGAGAAUUGACACACAAGCGCCACGUGACGCUAUUUCAACACUUGUGUCCUCCUCACUACAGAGAUUGAGAAACUCGUUUCUGUUCAUGUGCCCGGGAGUCUGACCUGAAGUUCUCUAGAAGGACACGUAAGAUUUUAUUUCCUGUUUGUUAAAAUGCCACAGAGGUAAAGUAGUUGAUAAUAUUUAAAGGCUUUUUGUGUUUUCUCUAAGGAUGUGGGUAAAAUGGCGACAGUUGAUCUGUUUUGGUGGAGGUUAUACAUUCAGUUUCAUCCAUGCCUGUGUGUUUUUUGCAGUCUCUCUUAAUAGAAUAACACAAGAAUCAAAACAGUUUUUAUCAGAGGAAGAAAGAGUCAAUAUGGACAAGUAAUGUGGUGUUGUGUGUUUUGGACACAGAGGCACAGUGCGUCUGUUUGUCCUGAGUUGUCUAACCAAUGAGAAGCCUCGGUUUUGCUGGUCUGCUGACACAGUCUUAAAGUGAAUGUGGGUGACGACAUGAUAGUACACUACGGUUGUGACGGCAGAGUAAAUGGACUCUAUAUUGUAUUUUCAUUGAUAAGUUUUCAAUGUAGUGAUUACCCAGAAGCCUGGAAAUGUAAUGUUAGGCUGGUGUGAUGUUAGUUUGGUGUUUUAUCGUUAUGGUACGAGGUAUGAUGAGCUGUAGAGUAAAAAUCCUGCAGCCUCAGCAAAGUUUCCUACAUGAUUUUGUAACUUUGUUCUCCAACAGUGAUCAUAUUUUGAUGAGAGAACAAGACGGGUUUUUUUAUUUUUAACCUUUUUUCAGAACCACGUCGAUCGCUUAAAUAAAUAUUCUCUGUCUGCUCUGAAACACAACAGAUAAGAUGAUUUCUCUGACGCUGUAAAACUCUGAGUUGAGUUUGUCACACUGUAGUGGUAACUGGUUCUUUAAAGAAAAUAUUUCCCCUUCACAAUAUUCUCAUAUGUUGCCCUAGUUAUAGUAAAUAAAUAAAUACACUAUAAAUUGUAUUCUAGAUUAGUUUAUUUACUCUUUAUCCUCUAACCUGGUUUUGUCUUUUGUCUGGUGUUAUAAAACCCGAGGGUCUUUUUGGUCGUUUGUAUCUCGAGCACAAAAAGGGAGACCGAAUCACAAAGUAAAGAAUGGAGACCCAUUGUUGGUGCAAACAGGACUGUUAGAGCGAUACUUAUGGCAUGAAUUCAAUAUAAACAGUAAAAUUAAAACUUUGAUAUUGAAAGACUUGAUCAGUAUUGUACUUGAUCGUGUUUAUGGUUGAUACUACCACAGUAAUGCGGAGUCGCCUGCUGGCCCACUUCUACCAAAGGCCAUGCAUGUCUCUCAACCAAACCAGUGAAUGUAAAACUGUAGGGCGCUUCCUAGUUAUGACAUUUUAAAUACAGUCAUUCACUAAGUUCCUUUUAAAGUAAGAGUCUGAUUCAUCCUUUCUGUUCAGCGACUGCCCUCAUUUUCACUCUGUGCUUUUACCCUGAAUAUGUGUCCAGACACUUAUCACUGAACUCUUUUGUGAAUUUCACCUUCCAUGUAGCCUCCAGUGUACCUGUAUGUAGAAAUGAAAUGUUUUGGGGAAUGACAUGCGAUUUGGUGAAUAAUGAAUGUUUCCCAACUUCAAAACACAGAAUUGCUUUUCAUAAAUAAGAUUGUUUUCAUUAAAAAAAGGAAGUCUUAUCGUCUAAAGAGCUGGAAGUAUAUUUGGUGGCCCACCCAGUCGUCAUGAAUGUGUGGGAAACUGUUGGCUGGAUGUUUGCCCACAGAGACUGAUAAGGUGCUGUUAUGGUAGGCUAAUCCUGUCCUGCUGUAGACACCCUGCACUGUUUUUGUUUUCUUCUUCUUCUUCUUAUCUUGAUCCCAAACUUUAGUGUUUGUGUUUUUUUUUUUUGUUUUUGUUUUUCCCUCGUUAUUCCUUUUUUCUCUUUCUCUCUGUUUUUGUUUUACUCUGUGCAGAACAGUUUGGUGAAAUGGUGUGAAUGCAGUUGUAAUUGUCUUGCCGCCUUGCUGUUGGUAAAAGUCAAAUUAAGAAGACAACAUUUAAAAGACAUGUUUUAGCCUGUUUAUUACUCACAGUUAGAAGAAGUAGAGAGGGUUAUUGUCAGAGAAAAAGGUCUGCAGCACCUUAAAUGACAUGCAGUACAACUGCACCAGUACCAGCUUCCUGCUGUGUGCCUGACGUGUCUCUGAGACGUGUCCUUCACUCAGCUCUGUGCCGUUAAGAUGUUGAAAUAAGUUGGUUGCGAUGUGGUCAUAACUGUAGUUCACUUAAGGUCUGACACUGAAAAACCUGAACCAGCGACCACCAGACUGUGCUUUUUUAGGAGCCAUGUGUUGAUUGUUUGUGUCUGUGGGAAUUAAACAAAAGGGGCCGAAGGCGAUGUUAUGUAUCUGCUGAGCUGGAGGUUCUGUAGUUCUAGAACCGUAAAUCUGCGGCAGCAUCUCCAGAACUCUUAUAGUCAGAGUCAGUGUGAGAGUUACGAUUAGAACUGAAGUUUCAGUUUCUGGACACUGUUGGUGUCGAAGUUUCAGGGUUAGACACCAACAGUGGUCACGUUACACACCAGACAGUGAUGCCCUCACAAACAAACAGCUGCAGGACUGUCUUCACUAAACACAAGUAAACCUGCAAAAAUCCAACCUUUAAAAUCACGUUGCAGGUUCACACACAGAAGAAGCUCAACAGUCACAGAAUUAAGUCCAAAUUAGCAGGAAGUGGAUCACAGAAAGGCAAAACAACCUGUUGUGAGUUUGUUGUUUUCUGUGUACUGAGUCCAGCUGCACCACGCUGCUGCUACGCUGCUGCUACGCUCCAAACACGCUUCCUCUGAGUGACAGCGUACGCUGUCCGAUGAAGCUGGAAUGUGAGGAACAUGCAUCCUGUAGGUUUUAGGAAAUAUAGUCGUCAUUUUAGGAGGAAGAAGUCGUGAUUACAGGCCGUAACGUACAGGAGGACAUAAAAAAGUCAGACGGCCUCCUCAAAUACGACGAGGAAUAGCAGAUCAUUUAAUGAAGUAACUUAUAUCUGAGAGCUGAGGGACAAACAGAAGCUGUAAAAGCGUGCACAGGCUGACUGUGAGCCCACUCCUCUUUAUAUCAGAGUGAGUUUCUCGCACAAUCUAUUCAAAGUCCUUGUUCUCAGUGAAAGUGAGGUUACCUGAGAUAGCAUUACCUGUAAACACACUAAAUGAAGCCAUGCAGGUAAAGUUGUCACGCUUGGUCCAAAUAGCUAAAGGCAGAUAUUAAAACAGGAGCACUGAGUGAACCAGGUGGUAAAAGGAAAAAAAAAAUCACCGUACCAAAUAUUAAGGAUGUGUUGUACAGAAUUCUUCUCCACAGCUUUGUGUUCAAUGGAUUUAAUUAUUUUAUUUUAUUUUAUUUUUUUUGCCAUAAUCAAUAAUCAUCAUUGAAACAUCUUUUUUAUGCAGAGACAACACCAGAUAACAAACUACUAAAUUACUGUCUCCUAUUUGUCGAGUUUUUUUUUAAUCUAAAGCAGAAAAGAUAAGAACAAAAAUGUCAGUACCCUAAAGAUCUUAAAGAAACUCUCUAUGUUAAAGUCCACUUAUGAAAACCCCGUUAGGUUACUUCAUUUCUUGUCUGGAUUACAUAUAAACUUUUAUUAAAUGAUGCUGCUCCAGCUCUUGAGGUUGUAUUAAGCGCUUCUGUUCAGAAACCACACAGCAGACAUGUACUUCACCUUAUCUCUCAGUCAUCCCUGUAACCCCCUCUGCUGUCCUCCUCAGGUCCGUAGUCUUGGCUGAAGGACCGUGUAAACGAGGCUUGUGAAAGGAGCAGCUGAGGUAAGAAACACUGACAGGGUUUUACAUUUCUGAUUUUCGUUCUACAUAAUUAAUCUUCUGUUUGCCCCUCCCUCUCCAGGUUGGUCGUACUGUACAUCAAGGAGCCUUCUCAGCUCUCCAGGCUCUUCAACGAUGGCUCUACUGGCCUACCUGAAGAGCCUGUUCAUCCUGCAGCUGCUCAUGGGCUUCGUGUUUGUGGUGAGUGGUCUCAUCAUAAACUUCAUUCAGCUCUGCACCUGCGUCCUCUGGCCAAUCAACAAGCAGCUCUAUCGCAGAAUCAACUGCCGACUCUCCUACUCCCUCUGGAGUCGUGAGUAGAAAAACAUUUUUAAAGGUUUUAUCAGAUAAUUAAACAAUAAGAGACGCCAUGUUGCAUUUAAAGGGAGGCGUCAACAGUUUGUGUAUUACCCACAGAGAGGGCUCGUCAGCUUAGCCCCUUUGUUGAGAAACUAACCGGAGACCCGAUUGCUCCAGUUAACUCAAGUGUAUAGUAUAUUGAGUAUUUUAAGCGCUUUACUUAAACAUCAGGAAGGCGUUCCUUUUUGCACAAUACAUUUGUGGUUCUCAGCCUGCAGGGCAUUAAUCAUCUAUACAGGUCUGUAAUGUUUUGAGUCAUCUUGACUAGGGAUGUUCCCAGCGGUUAAUUUCACUGACGGUUAAACGACCAUUUUGAAACCGAAUAUUCAAAUACACGAAAAUUAAUAAACUCCCAGAAAAUAACCCAAAUUGAGCACAUGUCGAUCUAUAUGGCCAAAUAUCAUCUGAAAUAAAUAUUAAGAGUACAUGGAAGCCAUGCUUAUAAUAUUAAAAUAUGUUACAGAAUCUUAUUUUAGCGCUGGAGAAUGACAGAAAGUACGUGAAAGAUCAAAGCAAUCAAGCUCCGCCCCGUUGUGCUCAAGCCAAGCAGCCUGCUGCGUCAUCAGCACAAAAUGAAGAGUCUUCAGAAUCAGACAACAUAAAUCAAAAUACUCCCAAACUUUGCUCUUUUUUCUCUCCGACAUCGCUCUGGCUGAUCGCAUGUGUUGAUUCACUCUGAAGAAGUUAACCCACGAUGCCAUGCAUGCCGCAGGCCAGCGCUGCGAGCCCAGAGCAGCGAGCCAGGCAGAAAGAGUCGCACGCAAAUGAUCCACACAUUUUAGCUUGUCUAAUGCACACUUUUAUUAAGACAUGUCGGUAAAAACGUAAUUGAAAAAAAAAAGUUUUUUUUUUCGCUUUUUUCUUUUUUUCCCCUUUUCUUUUUUAUUUUAUAGAAGAAACAAAUAUUAUUUACUAACCGGAUAGUAAGGACAGACCCGUUUACAUGAAUAUCCGAAUAACCACGCACAUCCCUAAUUUUAGCAUCUCAGUUGGGGUGACCCCGUCUGUAGUGUUGGAUAUCCUCCGCUCUGGUUCUCAACAAAGAGAUUAAGCUGACCAGCAAGAGCUCUGUUAAUAUUCUCUAUUCUAGUGAAUGGUUUAAUACCAUAUACAGUGUUUUGUCUUUGCAGAGAUCAUGAUACAUGUUGUUGUCUCGGUACAGAGCUGGUGAUGCUGCUGGAGUGGUGGUCAGGCACAGACUGCACCCUCUACACUGACCAGGCUACGGUGGACAAGUUUGGCAAAGAGCAUGUCAUCGUCAUUCUCAACCACAACUUCGAAAUUGACUUUCUGUGUGGCUGGACCAUGUGUGAAAGAUUCGGUAUCCUCGGAGUGAGUAAUAUUGUACAAUCUCUCCCCUUUAAAUAACCGUCUCAUGUUGGUCAACAUGUAGUUCUGCUGUGGUGACCAGGUUGGUCUCCAACCCAGACAAAUCCAAUUUUCAUAAUUGAAAACACUUACAUGUGCUUCCUCUCUAGAGUUCAAAAGUGUUAGCCAAGCAUGAGCUCCUGAAAGUUCCUCUGAUUGGCUGGACCUGGUACUUCUUAGAGAUAGUAUUCUGCAAAAGAAAGUGGGAGGAGGACCGAAAGACCGUCUUCAAAGGCCUGACCCGGCUCAAAGAUUAUCCUGAAUGUAUGUGGGUAGGUACAUGUCAGACAUACUGUCCCUCUCUGUCUAAUGGCAUGAGAAAUAGGUUAACAGUGGGCCGUCUCUAAGGUUUGGUGGUCUGCUCGCUUAAACUGUUAUUAUACUGCAAAUACUGUGUGUUUGUGUGAAAACCAAUCAUGUUUUUUACAGUCUUUGUCUCAGAUCUCAACUAAGAUCUCCAUCCAAAAGAGUGAAAAAGCAGUUAAAUUUAAGGGUUCAUCAUUUUGACAACAAAUCAAUCUGGUGCAACUCAAGGUUGAGUAAUUAUUCCCAACUGUAAGGAGAAACAGUGUCGCCAUAAACUGAUCUAGUCAAGUAGGUGAAAGGUCAAAGAGGCGGGGUUUCUAACAGAUCUAUAGCUGAAAAUAAAUCUGCAAAUCUACAAACAUAAGAUCCAGUUUUGUUUGAACUCAGAUCUUCAGUUUUUGUUCGUUUCUGAGCCUGAAAUCCAGAUUUUGCCCUUUAACCCACUUUCCCUGAUCCUGGUUUAUUUUGGCAGUUGUUCUGAGUAUUUACGAGUUCUCUGAGUUCACCAGCUGUUUUCACAUCUCUACAGGAAGAUUUUAGUUUAUGUUCUCUCUCACACUUCAUGACUCGGACGUCCUCUGUGCUGACACAGUCGAAGGAGGCGUUCACCUCGCUUUGAGAGGCAAAAAUAGUUAUAGUCAUCACGACUUUGGCAACAGGUAGUGCCAUUUGUUGUCCACCUUUACAGUCGAGAUUUCCACUGUGACACAAGCAGUUGACCAUUGGAGAUUAGGCCGAUCAGUUUAGGCGGCUGAUCUAAUUACUCCUAAGUGGAGCAGCAGGCCGCUGCUAAUGACCGACAUUUGAUGAGUUUAGCCAGACCGGAGAACUUCUGUAAGAGCUGUCAUCGUUGUUGACCAACAUUUCUGACACUUAUGUCACAGUUUGGUGAACAGAGUGAAAUAAAAAGAUCGCCAUCGCAGGUCUUUUUGUUUUUUUAUGUGUAUGUAUUUGUGUGUGAGGGUGGGGGGUCACAGAGUCUGUUUGUUUGUUUGUUUCGUGGUGUUCAUGUGUUUGAAUCUUCUAACCCGCUCCUCCUCCUUCCUCUUCCUCCAGUUUCUGUUAUAUUGUGAGGGGACCCGCUUUACAGAGACAAAGCAUCAGAUAAGCAUGCAGGUCGCAGAGAGUAAAGGUCUGCCCAAGCUGAAAUACCACCUGCUGCCCCGAACCAAAGGAUUCACCACCACGCUGCAGUGUCUGAAGGGCACAGGUGUGUGUCCAAACUCACAACACUCAAAGUCAGCGCUCAGAACAUGUCUGGGCCAAUCAUAAACCUCCGUUUGUCUGUCAUAGUUGUUGCUGUUUAUGACGUGACUCUGAACUUCAAAGACAACCAGACCCCCACUCUCCUGGGGAUCGUCAACGGCAAGAAAUACAAAGCUGACAUGAGCGUAAGGUGAGUGCCAGUGAAACCCUUCAUUUCCAUUAAGAUAGGGCGGAGCCAGGUGAGAUAGGUAGGUAAGAUAGUUAGGUAGGUAGGUAGGUAAUUAGGUAGGUUGAAUUUAUUGUCCUCGUGAGGAAAUUCAUUUGCAGUAAGUUAAAGACAUGCACAAAGACAGCACACAUACACAUUUCCAUACACUGUCCCAUAUAAAACAAAACGACUCAGAAAAGACAAAAUAAAAAUACUUCUGUACUGUACUUUGUCAAUUCAAAAAGUAUUUCAAUAAAUAGUCUUUAAAUAAUGUGUCUGUGCUCAGAUCAGCUGAACCAGUAUCUAAAAAUAAAGAAUAAAGUUUAAUGAAGAUUUAACGUCCUCCUGUGAUGAACAUAUUCUGUCCCACUGGCUGUUUUUAUAAUAGAGCAGAGACCGCAGAGGUUACAAAGGACAGUUAUAGGAAAUCAGUAACUCUGCAGACAAUCCUACUGAGUGAGGAGCCGACUGUAUCAUAGAGAUAGUUUAAGGAGGAAUAAGGAGUGCUUUAUUUUAUCAUACCCUGUAGUUAUGUAGUAAUAUGAGUGGGUAGACUGGAGUCACAUAAAUAUAUCAGUGGGUAAGUCACUCCUCACUAAGAUAGAAUCUCUGAUGAGAUCAUGCCAAGGGAGCCCCCUGCUGGUGGGAAACUGUAAUGACAUAUUGUGACAUAAAACUAUUUCACCAAAACUUGAUCAAAUCUGCCUGAUGUUAGAAAAUAUAUGAAGAUGUUUGUGUUUGUUUCUUCUUAUUGUUUAUUCCACUUCAUUGAUGAGUGAUUUUUCAUACAUGCGCUCUCCUUUGUAUCUUCUGACUGUCAAAAAUGUGCAUUUAGGUUGAAAAGUGUGAAAUAUUAACAGACUGUCUGAAGGUUUGUUUCAGUGUGAGAUGACUGCGGUAUAAUCUGUAACUCUGUCUCAUCCAGACGGUUCCCUGUGGAAGACAUACCAGAUGAUGAGCAAGAGUGUGCGAACUGGCUGCAUAAACUUUACCAGGAGAAGGUAAUUUUUAAUAGUCCUCAAAAAGCUUCUGAAAUAACAUACUAACAGUGCAUCAUCAAUGAAAACAACACUGCAUAAUAUGUGUUUAGCGUUUGACUGACAUGAAUUUUACAACGCUGUUCGUCGUCCACCACUAACGUUCUCGUCUCGUCAACGUAAACGCACAUUCGUCUCGCCACAUUUUAGUCAUUUAAGACUUAUGUUUAGCUCAUCAACGUCAACGAAAACGACAACACUGCAGUGCAAAACAACUAACCCAGGCGUAGUAUAGAUGUGAAGCUGGGAGCGGUGUUCACUCACAUACAGUUUUGAUUCGUCCUGUAUGUAACGCUGUAGUGACGGUACGGUAAACUGAUUCUGACUCGUUGUUCUCCCCUAGACUAGACUAGAAACGGGAUUAUAAACUGGGGUUAAAAUAGUUUCAGCUCAAAUGAAACUCCCAGUAGAUUCAUCCUGUGCUAACCACUUCCUGUCCUCUCCAGGAUGCCUUGCAGGAAACGUACAACAAGGAGGGCAAGUUCCCCGGGCCCACAAUCAUCCCUCACCGCAGACCUUGGACGCUGCUGAACUUCUUGUUCUGGGCCACCCUUCUCCUUUCACCUCUCAUCAACUUUGCAUGUGGAGUUGUUGUGAGCGGCUCACCGCUCCUCAUCAUCGGCUUCAUCAUCUUCCUCUUUAUUGGUGAGUGAGCUGUGAAGGUACUGGGAGCUGUUUUUUGAAAACUCGUCGAGCUGCUGCAGGCCCAGUUUUUUUAAUAAAUUUGAUGUGUUACGAUUCUUCAAACCUGCUCUUUCUUCUCUCCUCUCUUUGUUCGCAGCCUCCAUAGCCAUUCGCCGGCUCAUAGGAGUGACAGAGGUGAAGAAGACAGGCUCCAGUUACGGCAACCAGGAGGCCAAGAAACAAAACUAAUGUGCUCCAUCUCCCGGUUCUUUACCAUCACUCUGCCACACUCUGUUCUACUCUCUGUUGAGUCAGUCGGCAGGCCCGGGAAGACACCCAGCUGUGAAAACUUGAUAGAGACCAGAAUUAGAUAUCAGAAUUGCACCAGGGGGAAAGACAGCAUGGAAGAUCUUGGGUUUAAGCUCUCUUGUGCAACACAGAACAGGGGAUAAUGUAAUACCAUUUUCCCUUGGGCCUUUCUUAAUCCUGCUAGUGGCUCACUGUCCCCCAUCCAAGUACCAUUAAAUCCUGGAAAGACCCGCGGUCAGGCUCUUAACCUGCCUGAGGUCACAUGGACAGCCAGGCAGUCCAUUCGCUGCUCUGUGCUACCUACCUCCACUUCCUGUCACGGUCAUAAGCCAUUCAGAGACUGGUGACAUCGAGCACAUUCAUUUUGCCUGCAGGACACAAGCCAAUCCAUAUUAACCUUUCAAACCAUAACCUCCAUCACGGGGCAGUGCUUUCUCCGACCACGACCUUUAACACACAGGACAUCUCGCUCCCUUCUGUUUCCCUCGUGGGAUUUGUGAUGAGAAAGCGUCUUUAGGCCCAUCCUGAAUCACUUAAAUUACAGGGUAGCCAAACGGCGCCUCGGCAACUAGCCCGGCAGUUCGCAGGACUGACACUCCAUUAAAAGGCGGGGCGAUGAAAUGUCGUGCAUGACGCUCAAAUCUGUGUGACGAUGCAUUUGGAAAUCUGACAGCAGUUUGUCUCUCUGGGAAGGAAGUCUCAAAAUGAUUUCAGUUUUAUUGGUAGCCGUGUACAGCAGUUUAAUCUGAUCACGCUCGUUUCAUUGGACGAUUCGGCUUAUUGAAGCACAUCAUGAGUGGGUUAGAGGAGCCUCAUCUGAAACCGUUUAACCCGUAGUUACCCGGGCGCUCCCCGUCGUGGACUUCUUAGAUGUCUCAGUCUCGUCGAUCUGACCGCUUUACUUUUUGGUUCGCAGAGCCGGAGUCUGUUCAGCUAAUAUCAAUGCUUAGAAUGGGAAGACUGCCCCCAUCAGGUCACAUCUGUCACAGGUCUGCAGCCUGGAGCACGCUCACCCACAGACUUAUAUCAACACAUUUCGAUUGUUUUAUCAUUUUUGCAUCUAUUUAUAAACGCCUCCACCUGAAGUAUAAAUUCCCAUACGAGCAUUAUCGAACCCUAAACAUAUGAACCUCCCACUCUCCUCCUGAUAAAGGCUCAGAUGCAGAACUGUUCUGCUGAAGGACAUUAUCGGAGGUCGACCAGAUUUCAAAAGAAGUUAUCAGCUGUCUUGAUGUAGCCUUCCAAAGUUAGCAUAUCUUUUGCUGUCCAGAUUUCAACUGUAGAAUUGAUGUUUUAACCUUCGCCUUAAAUCAAGCUUGCUCAGGCAAGGGAUUGUUUAUUUGCCACCCCUUUAAGAACAGCACCUACUUCUUACCUCUAGUUUAUUUACCUCUUGACAUCCGUUCUCUUACACAGUGCAGAAUGGACAUUUGUGCAUUUAUCGGGGUUGAUAAACUCUAAAACGAUUAACCGAAACGAUUUUAGACUCGAGGGUGGUUUGAAAACAUUUGUUUGAAAGGUUCGUUCAAAUACACGAAUCCAAGAAUCUGUCAUCCCACAGUUGCUUUCUCCAACCCGUCACAAAAAAAACAUCUCGACUGCUGUUGUCAAUGAGUGGAUGAUCUUCGUUGUGACAGCGUGACACUUCCUGCUCUGUAACGCAAACGAUAGUAGCAAGACGUGGAGGGGACACGGUUCUGUCCCGCUCCCUUUUCUUUUCUUCCAUGCCAUAUAUCGUAUUAAUCAUCAGUUUUGUUUCAUUAGUUCGGUCUUUUUGGGGAUCGUCACCCCUCUGCAGCAAUAUUCUGUGUGCGUCCUCCUAGACUUAUCUCAACAUAGAUUUCAUGCAAGCCUUAAUAAUAGACAGUGCUGCUUCAUUUUUGUGUGAAAACGUAGAAGCCCACUGAGCCUAUGUGGUAGUGAAGGAAUAACCCCCCCUCUGCUUUAGCAAGCAAGUUGCUAGGAUUAGUAUCCAAGUAUCGUGUUUUAAAUUAACAUAAAGAAUUGAAUCAAAUGGAAAAGGUUUAGUUGGCUCUGAUGUACGGAGAGCUUUCUUUGUAAUUAAUCAAGAUUUUAUACAAAACGAUGCUUGGAGUUGCUUUACCUCAACGAUGUGUUCAGAGAUGUAGUUCCUGUAAUCUUUUUUAUUUUUCUUCCACUUUUGAUCCCAACAUUCAGCAUCAGAUUUGAACGCAGUCCAACCCAUUCUGGCAUCGGGUCAAUAGCGUCUGUCAAACUCGGAGAAAGCGGAGGAGGCCAUUUGAAAAACGAAGCGCCGGUUGUUUUUUUAUCCAGAAAAGAAAUAGAAAUGUGCUAACUUGUGUUUGUUUUUCAAAUCCACUUACAUCCAAAAUUGACUCCUCUUUUAUAAAAUCUCAGAUUCUUCAGUUAAUGGCACCUCUUGGGUCGGCUUUGUUUUGUUUUCUAAAGCUAUUUUUAUGUUUUCUUCAACCAAACACUUGAGAUUAUUAAAGGAUUUAAUCACAAAUCUUACUCUUUGGACUUAUUUGAUUUUGUGUGAGUGUCUCUGUUUGCACAGCAGAUCAGAACAGAUGAAUAUUACUCUCAGAGCCGGGGUCAUUAAAUCCAUGUCAAGAAAAAAAAAAGACAUUUCAGCCAUUUUUGCAGUUUUCCUUCUUCAUGAAUGAACCAUUUUCACGGAGUCCCAUCAACAUGCCUCAUCUCUCAUUUAUCAUGACACAUCAACACUUUCCACAAAGACACAGUAUUGAGAAGGUUGAUGGUUCAAAUACCUCCUGAAUCCUGAAAACCUGCACAUCGAUGAUCUAAUGAAUGUCACUCUCACUUUAAAAGUUAAGAAAGCCUCUGAGCUCUUCUUCUCUUGGCACAUUUACAAAGUGUCCAUCAAAUGUCUUGAGGACAUCUUGAAUAUGUGGUCACGUAAGGUGGCAGGAUGUUGACUGUACAAACGUGUACAUAAUGUAAAUGAUCACUAUUUUCAGUUGUAGAAACGGCUAAGGUGCUCUUCUGUUAUUUUGCAAUAGCUCUGAGAAUGACGGGCCGGGCUUUCAGGAUACAACCAAAUGUGCAGCAGUCAAACAGCGACAGCAGACAGGGUUUCUAGAGCGGUCUGAAAGCCUCCGCGGUGUAGUCACUAAAUUCACCUUUCAGGUUUGGAGCUGCUCUUUCUUACCUGUUGCCUCUCCUCUAAUUAAAGCCACUGACAGAAGGCUGUAGCCACACAACAUGCUUAUGGAGCCUUUUCCAACUUUCUUAUUUAUCAUGGUUUCUUACUGUAGUCAGUUACUUUUUGCAUGAUGUGCGUCUUUGCACUGUCGGUGAAUCUAGUUUAUUCUGACUCAGGGACUCUUUUACAGAAUGCAACAGCUGUGGCAUUAACUCUGGAUUUGAACCUGAAUAAAAAAGGUUUCUGUGGAAGCUGAGGAAGUGUGAUUCUUGCUUUUCUCCUCAUUAAAGAGUGAAUAUUUUGA